AUGCUACGCGCCGCCGGCAGAGGGUUGUUAGGCGCCGCCGGAAGAGGGAUGCUACGCGCCGCCGGACGUGCGAUGAAGAGGACCGGCGGAGUCAAGGGCGGAGUUAAAGAUCCCUUUGCUUCAUCAACGUCGACUCCAGCUGGGAACGCCUCUGUCUCGCUUGGUGGAGGGUAUGCCAAUAAAUUCGGAUCUUCUUCUGGGUCAAACAAUCUAAGGAUCACGGCAUCAGGGUCGCUAUUGAGUUUUCCGGUGGCUGCAACCUCCAGAUCAUGGAGCGGUGGCGCUUUUUCGUUUAACAGUUACGGCGCUUAUGAAGACUUUGAGUGGGUUACGGUGGAAGGAACCGACGAAGAAGAAGAAGAUGAUGAUUCUGUUUUUGGCUCUGUUCCUUCUGUUGAUGAAGUUGAAGAUGCUGUUUCUGCUCUCAAGCAGUAA